ACAGACCCAAAGAAGCUUAAACAGAGUUAAGAUGGCGGCAUGUGGAUGAGGAGGUUGUAUAUUUCAGCUCUUCGGUUGCUUUUGGCGAAGAAAACACAUUCUCAAACCUAACCCGUAAAGAAAAGAAAAAAAAAUCCCCCCAUAAAUUAAUUUACCCGGGACCGUGUCCAUGACGUCCAUUCACUUCGUGGUUCACCCGUUACCCGGGACCGAAGACCAGCUAAAUGACAGGCUCCGUGAAGUGUCGGAAAAGCUCAAUAAAUACAACUGUAACAGUCAUCCACACCUUAUUCCGUUGGAGCAGGCCAAACUUAAGCAGUGUGUGGUUGGACCAAAUCAUGCUGGAUUUCUCCUUGAGGAUGGACGUAUCUGCAGGAUCAGCUUUGCUGUCCAGCCUGACCGACUGGAGCUCGGCAAGCCUGAUGGCAAUGAUGGUUCAAAGUUGAGCAGUGUCUCAGGGGCAGGAAGGAGCUCCAGGCCAGGCAGGACUAGUGAUCCGCCCUGGUUCCUGUCUGGUUCUGACACACUGGGCAGACUGGCAGGCAACACCCUUGGGAGCCGCUGGAGUUCAGGAGUAAAUGGUGGCAGCAGUGGCGGCGGGGGCAGUGGCGGCGGAGGCUCAGGAGGAGGCAGCGGGAGCGGAGGGGGGGGUGGAGGAGGUGCUGGAGGAGGCGGAUCUUCAGGCCGGUCCUCCACAGCAGCCCGAGACUCACGCAGACAGACCCGCGUGAUCCGCACUGGCAGAGAUCGAGGCUCCGGCCUGCUGGGCAGUCAGCCACAGCCGGUAAUACCAGCCUCUGUCAUCCCAGAGGAGCUCAUCUCUCAGGCCCAAGUGGUUCUUCAGGGAAAGUCCAGAAGUGUCAUUAUUCGAGAGCUGCAGCGCACAAACCUUGAUGUGAACUUGGCUGUAAACAACCUGCUGAGCAGAGAUGAUGAGGAUGGAGAUGAUGGAGAUGACACGGCCAGCGAGUCCUACUUACCUGGAGAAGACUUGAUGUCCCUUCUAGACGCGGAUAUUCACUCCGCCCACCCUAGCGUGAUCAUUGAUGCAGACGCCAUGUUCUCUGAGGAUAUCAGCUACUUUGGCUACCCCUCUUUCCGACGCUCUUCCUUGUCUCGUCUCGGCUCCUCACGAGUUCUCCUUCUCCCCUUAGAGAGAGACUCUGAACUGCUCCGUGAGCGGGAGUCGGUCCUGAGGCUGCGAGAGAGGAGGUGGCUGGAUGGAGCCUCAUUCGAUGCGGAGCGUGGCUCCACCAGCCGCGAGGGAGAACCGAGCCUUGACAAGAAGAGCGUGCCGCUGCAGAGCCCUGUCACUCUGGGGGAAGAGCUCCAGUGGUGGCCUGAUAAGGACUAUGUAACAAAGUUUGUCAGCAUUGGGGCUUUGUACUCGGAACUGAUUGCCGUCAGUACCAAAGGAGAACUCUACCAGUGGAAGUGGAAUGAGCCUGAACCUUACAGAAAUGCACAAAAUCCUUCUAUACAUCACCCCCGUGUCCCUUUCCUUGGCUUGACCAAUGAGAAGAUCACCCACCUGUCUGCCAACAGUAUCCGAGCCACUGUGGCCACCGAGAAUAACAAGGUGGCGACAUGGGUGGAUGAAACUCUGAGCACUGUUGCUGCUAAACUAGAACAUGGAGCACAAACGUUCCCAGAGCUGCAGGGAGAGCGCAUUGUCUCUCUGCACUGCUGUGCCCUGUAUACCUGCGCUCAGCUGGAGAGCAGCCUUUACUGGUGGGGUGUUGUGCCUUUUAGUCAGCGAAAAAAGAUGCUUGAAAAGGCCAGAGCCAAGAACAAGAAGCCAAAGUCUAGUGCAGGCAUCUCUUCUAUACCCAACAUCACAGUAGGAACUCAGGUGUGCCUGAGGAAUAACCCUCUAUAUCACGCUGGUGCCGUGGCCUUCUCCGUAAACGCGGGGAUCCCUAAAGUGGGCGUCCUGCUGGAGUCCGUGUGGAACAUGAACGACAGCUGCCGCUUCCAGCUCCGCUCACCCGAGAGCCUGAAAAACAUGGAGAAGAACACCAAGACACAGGAGACCAAGACUGAAAGUAAGCCAGAGCUGGUGAAGACGGAAAUGGGCCCUCCGCCCUCACCAGCGUCCACAUGCAGUGACACUUCCUCCAUCGCUAGCAGUGCUUCUCUGCCCUAUAAGCGAAGGCGCUCAACACCGGCUCCAAAAGAAGAGGAGAAGGUGAAUGAAGAGCAGUGGCCUCUACGAGAGGUCGUUUUCGUGGAGGACGUUAAAAACGUCCCCGUGGGAAAGGUGCUAAAAGUCGAUGGUGCAUAUGUUGCUGUGAAAUUUCCAGGGACGUCGAGCAGCGUGAGCAGCCAGAGCGCAGCUCCCACUGACUCUGACCCCUCCUCACUGCUGCAAGACUGUCGACUGCUUAGAAUAGAUGAGCUACAGGUUGUUAAAACUGGUGGAACACCAAAAGUUCCUGACUGUUUUCAGCGCACACUUAAAAAACUUUGUAUCCCAGAAAAAGCAGAAAUUUUAGCUGUGAAUGUUGACUCCAAAGGAGUUCAUGCUGUGUUGAAAACAGGCAGCUGGGUACGGUACUGUGUCUUUGACUUGGCCACCGGAAAAGCGGAGCAGGAAAAUCACUUCCCUACCAGUAACCUGGCCUUUCUCGGCCAGAGUGAGCGUAAUGUGGCCAUCUUCACUGCUGGCCAGGAGAGUCCCAUCAUUUUGAGGGAUGGUAACGGCACCAUUUAUCCCAUGGCUAAAGACUGUAUGGGUGGAAUACGUGACCCUGAUUGGCUAGACUUGCCGCCUAUUGCCAGUCUAGGCAUGGGAGUUCACUCGCUUGCCAACCUUCCCACUAACUCCACAAUCAAAAAGAAGGCAGCCAUCAUCAUAAUGGCUGUGGAGAAGCAGACGCUGAUGCAGCACGUGCUGCGCUGUGAUUACGAGGCGUGCAGGCAAUACCUGAUCAGUCUGGAGCAAGCGAUGCUGCUGGAGCAGAACCCACACGCUCUCGAUGUUCUGCUGAGCCACCGCUGUGACGGCAACCGCAACGUCCUCCACGCCUGCGUCUCCGUCUGCUUCCCCGUCAGCAACAAGGAAACCAAGGAGGAGGAAGAAGCAGAGCGGUCUGAAAGGAACACGUUCGCUGAGAGGCUGUCUGCGGUUGAGGCCAUUGCCAAUGCCAUUUCAGUGGUAUCCAGCAACAGCUCCGGGAACCGCACAGGGUCAUCCAGCAGUCGAGGCUUGCGUUUGAGAGAGAUGAUGAGGCGCUCCCUCCGCGCUGCUGGUUUGGGCCGCCACGAAUCCGGCCCUUCCUCCAGCGACCACCAAGACCCGGUUUCACCCCCUAUUGCGCCUCCCAGCUGGGUACCAGACCCUCCACCAAUGGAUCCUGAUGGUGACAUUGAUUUCAUCUUGGCCCCUGCAGUGGGCUCCCUUACCACUGCUUCCACAGGCACCAACCAGGGACCCAGCACUUCCACCAUCCCAGGACCUUCAUCUGAACCAUCAGUAGUGGAGUCUAAAGACCGUAAGGCCAACGCUCACCUGAUACUAAAGCUAAUGUGUGACAGCGUCGUCCUGCGACCUCACUUAAGAGAGCUGCUCUCUGCCAAGGAUGCUCGUGGAAUGACCCCAUUCAUGUUGGCGGUGAGUGGGAGAGCUUACCCAGCAGCCAUUACUGUUUUAGAAGCAGCACAAAAAAUAGCCAAAGGUGAACCGGGUCUUGGAGAGAAAGAGGAUGCAGCGUCUGUGUUCAUGGAGAUGAUCUGUCCUUCAGGCACCAAUCCAGAUGACUCUCCCCUCUACGUCCUGUGCUGUAACGACACCUGCAGCUUCACCUGGACUGGAGCAGAACACAUCAACCAGGAUAUCUUUGAGUGCAGAACUUGUGGCCUGCUGGAGUCACUGUGCUGCUGCACUGAAUGCGCCAGGGUUUGCCACAAGGGUCAUGACUGCAAACUGAAGAGAACGUCUCCCACCGCAUACUGUGACUGCUGGGAGAAGUGUAAAUGCAAGACUCUUAUCGCGGGACAGAAAGCAGCUCGUUUGGAUCUGCUCUACAGACUGCUGACCACCACUAAUCUGGUUACCACUCCUAACAGCAGGGGGGAGCACAUUUUGCUGUUUCUGGUGCAGACUGUUGCAAGGCAAAGUGUUGAACACUGCCAGUACCGACCACCUCGCAUCCGAGAGGACAGGAACCGGAAGGCUGCCAGCGCUGAAGCUAAUUUCAAGAUCAAAGACCGCAAUAGGAGAAAGAGCGGCAUCAGCACUGACUCUGAUAUGCCGGAUCAUGACCUGGAGCCUCCACGCUUUGCCCAGCUGGCUCUAGAGCGCGUGUUGCAGGACUGGAAUGCGCUGAAGUCCAUGAUAAUGUUUGGCUCUCAGGAAAACAAAGACCCCCUAAGCGCCAGCAGCAGAAUCGCUCACCUUUUACCAGAGGAGCAGAUGUACCUGAACCAGCAGAGCGGCACCAUCAGGCUGGACUGUUUUACACACUGCCUCAUUGUCAAGUGUGCACCAGAUAUCACUUUUAUUGACACUCUGUUAGGGACCCUGGUGAAGGAGCUACAGAAUAAAUACACCCCCGGCCGCAGGGAGGAGGCCAUCAAUGUCACACGGAGGUUCUUGCGCUCUGUGGCCCGAGUGUUUGUCAUCCUCAGUGUGGAGAUGGCAUCCUCCAAGAAGAAAAACAACUUCAUCCCUCAGCCCAUCGGGAAGUGCAGGCGUGUUUUCCAGGCGCUGUUGCCGUAUGCAGUGGAAGAGCUCUGUAAUGUGGCAGAGUCCCUGAUUGUGCCGGUGCGCAUGGGUAUCGCUCGCCCUACAGCGCCCUUUACUCUGGCCAGUACCAGCAUUGAUGCUGUGCAGGGCAGUGAGGAGCUCUUCUCUGUUGAGCCGCUGCCACCACGGCCCUCCCCGGAUCAGUCCAGCAGCUCCAGUCAAUCAGCCUCUUCGUACAUCAUCAGGAACCCUCAGCCCCGCCGCAGCAGCCAGUCCCAGACGGCCCGCGGACGUGACGAGGAGCAGGAUGAUAUUGUUUCUGCUGAUGUAGAAGAGGUAGAGGUGGUGGAGGGAGUUGCAGGAGAGGAGGAUCACCAUGAUGACCAGGAGGAGCAGGGGGAGGAGAACGCAGAGGCCGAAGGACAGCAUGAUGAGCAUGAUGAAGAUGGCAGUGACAUGGAGCUGGAUUUGUUGGCUGCUGCUGAGACUGAGAGUGACAGUGAGAGUAACCAUAGCAACCAGGACAACGCAAGUGGACGCAGAAGCGUUGUGACUGCCGCUACCGCUGGAUCUGAAGCAGGUGCUAGCAGCGUUCCUGCUUUCUUCUCCGAGGACGACUCUCAGUCGAAUGACUCUAGUGACUCGGACAGCAGCAGCAGUCAGAGUGACGAUGUGGAUCAGGAGACUUUCCUGUUGGAUGAGCCUCUGGAGAGGACAACGGGCUCAGCACAUGCCAACAGUGCGGCCCAGGCACCUCGGUCCAUGCAGUGGGCUGUUCGCACUACACCCAACCAGCGCUCCGCUGGCGGCGCCCCAUCCAGCUCAUCCGCACCGGCUGCGAGCUCCACUGGCCUCAUCUACAUCGACCCUUCAAACCUGCGACGAAGCAGCGCCAUCAGCACCAGCGCAGCAGCCGCCGCCGCAGCCCUGGAGGCCAGUAACUCCAGCAGUUACCUGACAUCCGCCAGCAGCCUAGCUCGAGCUUACAGCAUCGUCAUCCGGCAGAUCUCAGACCUCAUGAGCCUCAUACCCAAAUACAACCACCUGGUCUACUCGCAGUACCCCGCUGCCGUCAAACUCACCUAUCAGGACGCUGUCAAUCUGCAGAACUUUGUGGAGGAUAAGUUGAUCCCCACCUGGAACUGGAUGGUGUCGAUCAUGGAUUCCACUGAAGCGCAGCUGCGGUACGGCUCAGCUCUGUCAUCAGCCGGGGAUCCUGGUCACCCCAGCCACCCGCUGCACGCUUCACAACACACAGGCCGCAGGGAGCGCAUGACCGCACGAGAGGAGGCCAGUCUCCGUACACUUGAAGGUCGAAGGCGCGCCGCAACACUUUUGACUGCUCGUCAGGGGAUGAUGUCAGCACGAGGAGACUUCCUGAACUACGCCCUGUCUCUGAUGCGUUCCCAUAAUGACGAGCAUUCAGACGUCCUGCCUGUGCUGGACGUGUGUUCGCUCAAACACGUGGCCUACGUCUUCCAGGCCCUCAUCUACUGGAUUAAAGCCAUGAAUCUGCAGACGACACUCGACACCACUCAGAUUGACAGGAAGAGGAAUCGUGAACUGCUUGAACUCGGCCUGGACAAUGAGGACUCUGAACACGAGAAUGAUGAGGACACCAAUCAGAGCUCCACCCUGCAGGAUAAGGAUGAGGAGCCAGUGCCUGCUGAGACCGGACAGCACCAUCCGUUUUUCCGCCGCUCUGACUCCAUGACCUUCCUAGGAUGCAUCCCUCCUAAUCCUUUUGAAGUACCUCUCGCUGAGGCCAUUCCUCUGGCUGACCAGCCACAUCUCCUGCAGCCCAAUGCCAGAAAGGAGGACUUGUUUGGACGGCCAAGUCAGGGUCUCUAUUCAUCCUCGUACAUGGCCAGUAAGGGCCUCACGGAUCUGACUGUGGACAUGAAUUGCUUGCAGAUUCUACCCACAAAGAUGUCGUAUUCGGCGAACAUGAAGAACGUGAUGAGUAUGGAGUCUCGGCAGAGGGGUGGCGAGGAGCAGUCGACUGCGGAGCAGGACAUGGAUGCAUCUAAACCAGGCCCUUCACCCCAUGAUCUGGCAGCCCAGUUAAAGAGCAGCCUCCUUGCAGAGAUUGGUUUGACAGAGAGCGAUGGCCCGCCACUUCCCACAUUUAUUCCACACUGUAGUUUUAUGGGGAUGGUGAUCUCUCACGACAUGCUGCUGGGCCGCUGGCGGCUUUCUUUGGAGCUGUUUGGCCGUGUCUUCAUGGAGGACGUGGGAGCAGAACCGGGAUCUAUCUUGACCGAACUGGGUGGUUUUGAGGUAAAGGAGUCCAAGUUUCGUCGUGAGAUGGAAAAGCUGAGGAACCUUCAGUCACGUGAUCUGGCCCUGGAGGUGGACCGUGACCGAGAGCAGCUCAUCCAGCAGACCAUGCGGCAGCUCAAUGCCCACUUCGGCCGUCGCUGCACCACUACGCCCAUGGCUGUGCAUCGUGUAAAAGUGACUUUCAAGGAUGAACCAGGAGAGGGCAGUGGAGUGGCACGGAGCUUUUACACGGCUAUCGCACAGGCUUUCCUGUCCAAUGACAAGCUGCCCAAUUUGGACUGUGUACAGAGCGUCAGCAAGGGAAUGCAGGCCAGCAAUCUUAUGCAGCGGCUGAGGAACCGAGACCGUGAGCGUGAGAGGAGGAGCGGAGGACUGAGAGCUGCAUCCAGACGAGACCGUGACAGGGACUCAAGGAGACAGCUUUCAAUUGACACACGGCCGUUCAGACCCGCAUCAGAAGGGAACCCCAGUGAUGAACCGGAGCCGCUGCCGGCUCACAGACAGGCUCUAGGAGAGAGACUGUACCCACGAGUGCACGCCAUGCAGCCGGCAUUUGCCAGUAAAAUCACAGGGAUGCUGUUGGAGCUCUCUCCUGCUCAGCUGCUGCUCCUUCUGGCCAGUGAAGACUCACUCAGAGCUCGUGUGGAAGAGGCCAUGGAGCUGCUCAUAACUCAUGGAAGGGAAAAUGGCGCUGACAGUAUACUGGACCUCGGCCUCCUCGACACUCCUGAAAAAGCACAACAGGAGAACCGAAAGAGGCACGGUUCCACCCGCAGCGUGGUUGAUAUGGAGCUGGACGACCCUGAUGACGGGGAUGAUAACGCACCUCUCUUUUACCAGCCCGGCAAGAGGGGCUUUUACUCGCCCCGUCCAGGCAAGAACACUGAGGCCAGGCUCAACUGCUUCCGUAACAUCGGCAGGAUACUUGGGUUAUGUCUGUUACAAAAUGAACUUUGCCCCAUCACACUCAACAGACACGUCAUCAAGGUGUUGCUCGGCAGGAAGGUGAACUGGCACGACUUUGCUUUCUUCGACCCGGUGAUGUACGAGAGCUUGCGACAGCUGAUUCGACACUCUCAAACCGAGGAGGCGGAGGCUGUGUUUGCGGCGAUGGACCUCGCCUUCGCUAUUGACCUCUGCAAGGAGGAAGGAGCAGGACAGGUGGAGCUCCUGGCCGGUGGGGUCAACAUGCCUGUGACUCCUCUGAACGUGUACGAGUACGUGAGGAGAUACGCAGAGCACCGGAUGCUGGUGGUGGCAGAACAGCCUCUGCAUGCCAUGCGGAAGGGCCUUCUGGAUGUGCUUCCAAAGAAUGCUCUGGAGGACCUGACGGCGGAGGACUUCAGAUUGCUGGUCAACGGCUGUGGAGAAGUCAACGUCCAGAUGCUCAUUAGUUUCACCUCUUUCAAUGAUGAAUCAGGCGAGAAUGCGGAGAAGCUGCUGCAGUUCAAACGCUGGUUUUGGUCCAUCGUUGAGAAGAUGAGUAUGACGGAGAGGCAGGACCUGGUAUAUUUCUGGACGUCCAGCCCGUCUCUGCCGGCCAGUGAAGAAGGUUUCCAGCCCAUGCCCUCCAUCACCAUCCGCCCGCCGGACGACCAGCACCUGCCCACCGCCAACACCUGCAUCUCUCGCCUUUACGUGCCACUUUACUCUUCCAAACAGAUUCUCAAACAGAAACUUUUACUAGCCAUCAAGACCAAGAAUUUCGGUUUUGUGUAGUUAAACGAAACUCGUUUAAUUGUUGUGUAAUAUUCUAGUUCCAUUUUUGUAGAUUUAUUUUUUGUCUAUACAAUUUUAUGAAAUUUAAAAAGUGCUGUCGCAUCCCCGGCAGUCAUUUUUUUGGGUCUGCGUUUCAAACGUUGGACGGCUUGUUCUUAUUUUGUUUUUGUUUUUUUAUUUCCGUUAUCAGAGUAUAACGCAACAUUCCUGCAUUGGCUUUUGUAAAGUUGAAGCCUGCAGCUCCAUUGGCUUGAACUGUAACUUCCCGUGACUUUGGCCUGACGGUAAACUGUCCGCCAAACCCCAGCCAAAGAUGACAGCAGGAGUAUUUAAAGAAAAAGGAAGAUUACACUGUGAUUUGAUUUAUUUUUUUCCCUGCCCUAAUCAUAAAUAUUACUAUCACUGAGAGUUCACUGCUGCCUUUGUGGAAAGUCAUUUUUUCUUGUAUAGAGGGAGUAGGGAAUUUCAAAAAUAAACUUGGAUGCAAACUA